AUGAAUUCAUCAUCGAUCAGAACGGCGGGUUCAAAGUGCAACCUUAUAUUACAAAAAUGUUUAGCCAUACAACUUCAUAAAACUCGAGGUGUCAUACCCUGCGGUCCCAAUAAUACGGGAAGAAACGGAGAUGGUGGUGUUGGCGUUGGCGUCGGUGGCGGCGUCGGCGGAGCCGUCGAUGAUUAUUGGAUGUACGACAACGGUUACCUCCUCUUCCAGGGUUUUUUGGAAGCGAAUUCAAAAUGUUUUUGGAAUUUAUCACUUCUCGAAGCCAUGAAAGAACUACAGUUCGAAGGUUACGUUUCCCAAGGGAUCCUACUGGUACGCGGGAGUCCCUGCGCAUUGGAAAUAUUAAGAAGCGCAUGGUCAAGAAACGUAUUGAAAGCUCCAACAAACUACACCAUAUCUCAACUUGGUCGAUCUUUAAAAAACGCAUCACACGCAUUUACGCGCACCACCCCACACUACGCCGUAAACGUGUUUUUACGUAAUACAAAAAAAAAUUGUUAUCAUCGACAACUUUUCAAAAAAUUUCAAAUUUGA